UCUCGUAGGCAGCAGUGAGCCAGCCAGAGUUUUGCGGUUUAGUUGACCGCUCAAGGUUUCUACUUUACGCAAAAUGAGGGCUUGAAUGAUAGAGUAAUUACUCUGACGGUAAGAACUUUAUGCGUGCUUCAUUGCCAAAACAAGAAUUCUAAAUGUUGAUCAGAAAAUGGACGCCAUCGCUGCUAACUUGAAGCCCAUCUUCGACUCGUGCGACAAAAAUGGCGAUGGUUUCGUAAAGACGCAAGAUCUCAUACAAUACUCCGGCUUAGGAGGCCAAGAAAACUCCAAAGAGGACAUCAAGACUUUACUGCAUAAGUUAGAUCCCGAUGGCGUUGGACAGAUUACCUUUGAAGACUUCUGUCGCCGAUUCCACGAUUCUUUAGGGGUAAGCGGAGAACUUCAGAAAGAACCACAUAAAAGAUCAUCUCAAGAUUCUGAUAAUCUAGAAGAUAGCUGUUUUGAGGGUGAUAGUACAUAUAGUACCACAUCAACCAAUGAAUACAAUGCUGACGAUGACGAGACAUUUCAAGAAGAUGAUCCACUUAACUCAAGCUUCAGGCGAAAUUUAAARCAAUAUUCAACAUACCCACCUCCUACGGAACCUAGAACMAAGCAUCGCACRCCACUACCACGCCUUUAUCUGGAUAAUUCUCACUCAGAUACSAGUGAGUAUCAAAGUGAAGAAGGUUAUGAAGGAUUUGGGGAACGGUUGGUUAGCGAGGAGACACUGCAAGAAACACAAAGUGUCAAAGAACCUAUUCUACCACAGGACAGAUUCCAUCUUCACAAAUCAUAUAGCAGUAACAGCCUACCUUUCAGGAGACGAAUAUCAGCAAACUCCGCAGCUCUACUUUCCAGUCCAAGAUUGUUUCAAUCACUUUCAGCCAACACAAGCCGUCGUAAUAGCAUGGAUGAUCUCUGCGGUGCUAGUGAUUGCAGUGGGCCGCUGUCUGACCCCGAGGCAGGCAUGCAAUCCACUUUUUUAUUUAGUGAAAUCCAAAGACUCUCUUCUCAAGUGUCUCUUUUAGUAGAAGAUCAAAAGUUACAGACAUCAAAACAAUAUAGGAUUAAAGAAGAUAAUAGUGAACUUUCUAUGAGAAUUAAUGCCCUAGAAGAUCAAUUACACCACCAUCAUGAAAAAACUGGAGAAAAAGUUCUUCAGGAGAGUAGGAAAUAUAAAUCAGCUUUGAAUAAACUUGAAAAGGACAAUGAGGAGACAUUAUCUGUUUUAACCCAUAAGUUACGGCAAGCAGAGGAAGAAAUUGUUAAAUUAAAAUCUGUUGAGCCAAUGUUGCGUAAAGAGCUUGAUGUUUGCUACCAGGAGAAGCAAGAGCUGUUAAAACACAUUGAACAACUUGAGAAAGAGUUACAAAAUGAAAAAGACUUGACUGAUUCACUGAGGAAGAAACUUGAGACUCAGGCAGAAGCUGCGUUAGAAGAGAGGCAACGCCAUGAAGAGGAGGAAAAUUCCUUGAGUCAACAAGUGUUAGAAUUGAGCAAUUUUAAGUCGGAAGCUGAAGUCAAGUUAAAAGAUACUGUUGACCUUGAGCAAAAAUCUAUUGAAUUAGAAGAACGUGUACACCAACUUACCAGGGUAGGUAUAUACAU